GUUGUGUGGCUCCCCAUUUGCGUCGGGCUUUUCUUCGUUCUGGUGAAUCCUUUGAAAAGUCAUCGAUCACAUUAACCUCCGGCCAGAAUUUAGUGCUUUAAACAGUCCAAAACGCUCACUUAUUUUCGGUGUGAUUUAUGGAUUUGAAUGGCGUAGUUAAAUAUAUAUAACAUUAAUUUCGGAUAUGAACCAGAAGAGCGUUAUGCUCCACAGCCGAUGAUCUAUAUGGAAGCCGGGGCCGUGUGUGUGCGUGUGUGUUGUAUGCUGCUUAAUUGUUCGCUGGCGUUUAAAUAAAAAUAAGUGCGUUUAAAUGUGCAAAACAAAAGACUGGCAUUAUUAUACUAUACAUAUUAUAUAUUGGCGAUCAGCUAGAGCAGCGCAGUAAAUAAAGUGCCUUUUCAAGCACCAUUUCAGCCUUAUCUCGAGUGCUACGGAUCAAUAAGGAAGAACUUAGGCAACAAACUGCGGUAAAAAUAUAGUAAACUAGGGCAGAGGGAGAGUGGAGAGGAGAGAAUAAAAGCCAAAGUGGCCCAAACAACAAAUGACUCGUAAUGCAAUGCCUGGGCAAUUAAUUAGUGCAUAAACAGUUAAAUUAACUGUCGGUGCAACACGCGCAUUCACUUUUCUCACUCUCUAUAUACAACUACUAUAUAUCUCGAGAAAUCGGGUUUGGGAGUCUACUAGCGUUAGCAAAAUGUAACUGCACACACAAGAAGCCACAAAUUAUGACGCAAAAUACCGAAUUCGGUAUAGCGCACCCCGAGGAAUAAAAAUAUUUGCAAUUUAUGCAACAAUCGUCGCAUUGCCUGGCUGUUGCAGCAACAAAAAAAAUAGCGAUUAGCUUCGAGCAUUACAACAAUACAGCCAGAAAAAUCAUAGCAAAUCGCAGCUCACUUCUGUUGUCACCGUCAAACGCAUCGUUAUGAGUGUCGCCGCCUCAGCAAUUGGGCAUUGUCGUUUGGCUUUAAUCGUUUUGACCACCUUGUGGCUGCUAAUCGAUGCGGACGCCUACGCUUCUGCCACUCGGCCAAAAUCCGUCAACAUCGAGCUGCGACGCAAGAGGAGCUUACAUUACAAUGGCAUUGAGCUGGACGAGAAUGCUCUACUGGGCGAGCUGAGGGAACACGAGAGGGCCCUGAUCUUUGGCUCACGAUCUAGGGGAGAGGCACUCGAAUUUAAGCUCGUGCACUUGGCACAGCAGGAGGAGCAUACACCGGAGGAGAAUGACCAGGAGGGUAACCCCCCAAGAGGACGUCAGCGCCGCAGCUUGCCAGCAGAACAACAAGACGAUGAUGAUGAUGAUGACUCCGAGGCAGUGGAGGCCAGGUUGCAGCUGCACCAGUCGCCGCAGCUGAUUGACGACGCCUUCAUCUUCAUCCGGCGCACCGAAAAUGGGACACAGUUUGUGGAUCAUUCGCCGCAGCUGCUCAAGCGCCUGGAGCAAUGCUUCUACCGGAGUCCAGCAGCUGCUCUGGAUCUCUGCGAGCCGGGAAGUGUGCGUGGCGUGUUCCAGCAGAAUGCCAGCGACUUUUUGAUCCAACCGCUUCCCUCGCGCUUCGGCAGCGGCGCCCAUGUGCUUUACGAGGCGCGGGUGGACAGGAGCGGCUCUGGUGGGGUGUCGUCAAGGCGGAUUAAUGACGGGACGCCGCCACCGUUAGACAGUCAGUUGCAGUUCGAGCCCGAUGCGGAGGAGUUCAACGAACCGAGGAGGCGUCUGCGAGCACAGACGCCGCUGAGAUUGCGCUUUCAGCCACGACACCAUCAUCCGCAUCAUAAUCAUCAUCACCACUCGGAGUCAAGGCAUCGGAGGAGGACGCGUCGGUACAUAGGGAAUCCACCGCGCUCCCGCUGGUCGGAUAUUCCGGAUGAGCUCUUCAUCGAAACGGCCAUCUUCGUGGACAGCGAUCUCUAUGCGCACAUGCAGCACAAUUUUCCCACCGACACGGAAGGCAAAGUGAUUAGCUUUGUCCUGGCCAUGAUCAAUGGAGUGCAGCUACUCUACCACCAUCCCACGCUGGGUCGUCGCAUCAACUUUGUGCUAAAACGCCUGGAAAUAUGGAAACCAAGGGAUCCACCGGGAUUAUCUCGCUCCAGGGAUGUGGACAAAUAUUUGAAUACCUUUUGCAAGUGGCAGGAGAAAAUGAAUCCCUACUCCGAUGCCGAUCCCUUGCAUUAUGAUCAUGCUCUGGUCCUCACCGGAAUGGAUCUGGUGACCUUUGAAAACGGCAAAGCCAAUAGCCAAGUGGUGGGCAUGGCCACAGUCAAUGGCAUGUGCACCUCGAUUUACUCCUGCACGAUCAACGAAGCCAAGCACUUUGAGAGCGUCUUUGUGGUGGCCCACGAAAUUGGACACAACUUGGGCAUGAGACACGAUGCCAAGGAGAUCAGCUGCGAUCCCACCAUGCAUAUUAUGUCGCCCAAAUUGGGCAGUGGCAAGGUCACCUGGUCCAAAUGCUCAAGGACUUAUUUGGAGGACUUUCUUCAGGAUCCCCAGGCUGAGUGCCUCUUUGAUCGCGGUCAGUUUGUGGCCAACUUGGAUCAUUCUGCUGGUGGAAUCCUACCAGGUGAACGCUUCAAUGCCAAUCAGCAGUGUAUGCUACGUUUUGGCAAGGACUUUAAGCAGGCCAGCAGUCAAAGCAGGAUGGAGAUAUGUAGAGAUCUGCACUGCCGGCAGGAUGGAUUGCCUUGGACCUCGCAUCCGGCACUGGAGGGCACCGAGUGUGGGGAUAAUAUGUGGUGUCGUGGCGGUACCUGCGAGGCUCGCUCCCGCAAAUCCUGGACUCACGAGAACGUGGCCGAGCCCACGCACGAGAAGAUCAUCCGGCAUGAUCCUAACAGGAUACCAUCGCUGCUGCAUGAAUAUAAUCCGCUGGGAAACGAGCUGCCUGGAUUACCUUCAAACUGGGGCGAAUGGAGCGAGCCGAGUGCCUGUGAGUCGAGUUGCUUGUACGGCCAGUCUCAUCGCCUUCUGGAGGGCAGCACUGGACUAAGGACCUUUAACCGCAGUUGCUUGAAUUUCCCAUCUCGCUGCAUGGGAAGGGAUCUAAAGUUUGUGACCUGUCCCUCGGCCCAGUGCCACAAGGUGCCGCUCCAGACAAUCGGGGACUUUGCCACUAGGGUGUGCCUGCAGGCGAGGAAAUCCGAUCCGGAGCUCACCGGCGAGGGUCAGCAGCUGAGCACUACGCUGGAGGAGUCAUGCAAAAUCUUCUGCCGCACCAGGAGCAAUGGCACCAAGUCGCGCCGCUGGAUCUUUCCCGAUGGCACAUCCUGUCGGUCGAAGCAACACAAACCGGAGGAUAUUACCUAUUGCAUUGCUGGGCGUUGUGAGCGCUUUUCCUGCGACAACUCCACCUCGAAUUUCUUCAAAAUGGACAGUGACUUUUGCGAGAGGAAGUCUGGGCGUCCGGUAAGGGAUUCCUCGGAUCAGGAGAGCAGGCAGGAGACCACCAACAAGCGGUAUGCAGAGCGGCAGCAGGGAAUCACGCCAAGAAGUCCACAUGAGAAUGAGGUAUCAAAGGGCAUUCCUCGUGGCAACCACAUCAGUGCACCACCUGCGCCUUAUAAGCGAAGGCCCUACCCAAAGCCUUAUCCUCCGGAGAUCUCCCGACCUCCGCCGCCUGCCUCCGCCUCGCUGAUCGCCAUCGAUCGCAGCUCCUCACAGGAGUCCGAGUGGAUGGGGCAUCCUGGCUGCCACUCCAACUGCAUGACCGACUCAAAGGGCGUCCAGGGAGUCACCUCGCGGCUGACGGGCGUGGAGAGCAUUCGUCUGUGCUCAUACCGUGUCCAACCCUGUGAGCGUCUGCAGACGGCGGCAGAGUUUGCUGAGCAGACCUGCGCUCGCUACCGCUCCAAGGUGCGGGGCUUAUCGGGACGCGGGGCCCAGAUCUGGCCCAGCAUCGAUGAACCGGAUCGUAGCUGCCGGGUGGGCUGUCAGGACGAGUACAUCAAGUAUCGCUACUACCUGGUCAAUGGCCGGAAUGGACAGUUUCCGCUGGGCACGCGCUGUUCUCAGGUGGGCAAGCGAUAUUGCGUAUACGGCAGGUGUCUGGAGUUUGGCGAUGAUGAUCUGCCCCUGGAGAAGACCCACAUUAGCUUGGGUCGCUUAAGGUCUCGAAGGAGAAGGAGCAUGGCCUUUAAUGAUAUAUUAAACAUAACGCAGAACCUUGAAGAAACACAUUUAGAUAUUUUUGAUGAAAACAACGAAUUCACCCCACCCAUACACGUCUCCGCAGACGAACUGAGUAGCAACAGCCAAUAGCCCAUUAGCUUCCUGGCCACAAUUCCCUUAGUCGAUUAAGUUCUAAGUUAUAGAUUAAGUUCAAGGCUGCCCCGAAAAAAAACUGCCGGAGAAAUAUACAUAAACGAUAUAAUUAUUGAA